GCAGCAGUAGCAGCAGCAGAAAGCACUACAGCCAUGAAGACCCUGAUCGUCCUGAGCGCCAUACUGGCCGUGGCUCUGGCUAAACCCGGUUACCUGGGAGCUGCCGUUGCCGCCCCCGCCGCAGUCGUCGCCCCCGCUGCCUACGCCGCCCCCGCAGUGCUAGCCGCGCCCGUGCACGCCGGCUACGCCGCCUACGGCCCCGCCCCCGUCGCCGUGCGCUCCGACGGCUACCUGCUGGACACCCCUGACGUCGCCGUCACCAAAGCCGCCCACCUGACCGCCGUCGCCCAGACGCAGGCGCGUGACGCCGUCGUCAACGGCGCCGCCGCCCUGGCCGCCCACGCCGCCCACGCUUACGCCGCCCACGCUUACGCCGGCCCCGCUGUGGCCUACGCGGCCCCCGCCCCUCUGGCUUAUGCUGCUCCUGGCGCUCUCGCCACCGCCGCUCAUCUCCACGCUAAGGCUGCUCUCCUGGGCUGAAAUGUCUUUCUGUAAUUCUACUCCUUCACUAAAAUAAAGAAAACUCUAAAAAAACGUGA